GGAGUCACGUGGGGGAAACGAGCCUGCGGAGCGGUCCGUUUGGCGGUGCAGCCGCGAUGCCGGCAGUCACGCUGCAGAUCCCGACGUCGUAGCGACCGCCUUCGCUUCCUUCCCGCUGCCGUUCCUGGGCGCUCCCCGCUUCGCCGCAACCGUCCGCUCCGGAACGUGCGAACCAGUGCUCGCCCGCUGACGCGCCCGUUCCGGCGCGUGGAGAAGCCUGGUUUCAGUCAGUCAGUACUCGCCGCUGCUGUGGGCGCCGGAUGGCGGGCGUGGAGCUGUUCUCACACCCUGCGCUUCACACGCGCUACCGAGCUGGGCUCUGCUCCGCCGCCGCGCUAGCGCUGCUGCUCAUCGCCGUGCUCACCUACGUGCCGCCGCUGCUGGUGGCCUACAGGAGCCACGGUUUCUGGCUGAAGCAGAGCGCGUACCGAGAGCAGCCCACGGUCCGGUUCCGGUACGAGCUGCUUUUCGUGGCCACCACCGGCCCUGGCCCGGGUAGCUUCCUGGCAUGGAGCACGUUCCCAGCAUUCAACCGGCUCCAGGAGGACCGACUGCGCGUCCCGCUCCUGUCGACUAGAGAAGAAGACAAAAAUCAAGAUGGCAAAAUGGAUCAGUUGCAUUUUAAACUGGAGCUUCCACUACAACCUACGGAGCAUGUAGUUGGUGUUCAGCUGAUUUUGAUCUUUUCUUACCAGCUUUAUAGAAUGUCAACGUUUGUGAUGCAGAGCAUGGCUUUUCUUCAGUUUUUUUCUCCAGUACCGGGGUCUCAGCUCUAUGCGAAUGGAGACCUGAAACUGAACCAGAGGCAAUUGCUUAACCAUUGUGGGCUAGAUACCAGAUACAAUGUGUCUGUGGUCAAUGGCACAAGUCCUUUUGCAAGUGACUAUGAUCUAAAAAACAUCAUUGCAGCGUAUCGAGAUAGAAAUGUGACAACAGUAUUUUCAGAUUCUAACCCCAUUUGGAUGACUGGAAGAGGAGCAAAUACACCGUUUAUCGUUAAUGCCACUAUUCGUUACCCAGUGGAAGUUAUCUUAUAUCAGCCAGGAUUUUGGGAAACAAUUAAAUUUGCCUGGAUCCAGUAUGUCAGCAUUCUCCUCAUCUUUCUUUGGGUGUUUGGUAGGAUUAAAAUGUUUGUGUUCCAGAAUCAGGUGUUCGCUACAACUCCAGUUUCACCAGUUCUGCCAUUGUCUCCGGUAUUGUCCUACAAACAGCAUCAGCCCUGAGGAGAUGCCUGAAAACUUUUAAGAAAUGCGGUUUAAAAUUAAGUACCUGCUUUUUUUUCUCUGUACAGUUUUUUCUUUAGAAGAUCUGAACUUUCUAAGUAUGUUCUAAGUAUGUUCUGUUCUUGCUACAUCUUGUGAUGAAAGGAUGUCAUUUUCUUUUUUUAGAGGUGUGUGUUUAUGUAUUUCUGUAGGAGCACUGCUUUGGGACUGAAACAUUUAAUUUUGAACAGUUGAAGGAGAACUUGGUUUGUGGGAGUUGGUUAUUUUUUUUUCUCCAACAGGAUCAUACUUCAAAAAAAAAAAAGUCAGCUGCUUUUGAAUGACCUAAAUUUUGUUAAACCAUGAAGAUUGAAAAUAAUAUGAUAACCAUUAUGCUAUGAGCUAUUUGUACUGUGUUUUUAAUCAAUUCACUACUGAGUUAGGGUUCAGCUAAGAGCUACUUGUAUAUCCACUUAUGUGUGCUAUGAAAGGGAAAAAUAGAUAUGAUGUAUAGGGAAUGUAACUCUAACUUAUCCUUUUCUUUCCCACAUUUCUGUAACUUUGGUUACAAGUGUCCACCGACUUUGUUAUUAAAUUAGUUGAUGGAAAAAUUAAGGCUGAUGUGAGAAGCAGGGUUCUAGGUGAUGGUAUAUGCGAGGUUUGUACAGUUGUUUACUAUUGGCAAUAUUACUGUAAGUUAUUAAUUGGGAAUAUCAACACACAGAAGCAUAGUGUUUCACAAAGAAAAUGUAACCGACUACCAAAGAAACUUCAGAAUUCCAAAGCAAAUGAAUAAUUAUUUUCAGAAUGUAUAUGAUAAUUCAGAAUAGAGUAAAAUGAAACUAACAGUAAUCCCUGGUGAAAACUGAAAGACUGUUCCUCAUUCUUGGAGGCAGGUGGGAAAGGUGACUUAAGCCCAGAAAGAGAAAAUAGGCAAAGCAAUUUUUUUGUUUUCCUUUGGGGCUUAAGUUUCUGAAUUUGUUACUAUUCAAUUCUAGCAAAGCAGUAUUAUGUCAGGAGGGAUUCUAAAACAAUUCUGGAUAUAAUUUAACAAAAUUCUCUUGAACCAUGGUGUAGUUAAUAAAGGUGAAAUAAUAACUUGUA